CGUCACUUAGCCGACAGUGAUGGGAAGUCGAGCGAGCGCUGAACCUCCACUCAGACCCACAGAGAAGAUGAGUGGUAGCCUUCCUCUUUCCCGCUCAGAGGUGUUUGGGGAGCUGAGGAAAGAGCUUCAUGAUGACAAGGAGUUCCACCAGUCUGAUGUACACAUCUUCAUCAUCAUGGGAGCCUCCGGAGAUUUGGCAAAGAAGAAAAUUUACCCAACGCUGUGGUGGUUGUUCAGAGACGGUCUCCUGCCAGAGCAGACAUACUUUGUGGGGUUUGCUCGCUCCCAGUUAACAGUUGAUGCGAUCAGAACGGCCUGUAUGCCAUAUCUAAAGGUUACAGACUCUGAGGCCGAGAGGUUAGAUGUAUUUUUUAAAAGGAACACAUACAUUAGCGGGAAAUACGAUGAUGAAAGUUCCUUUUCGGCCCUGAACACUCACCUCCUGUCUCUGCCCGGAGGUGCCGAGGCUAACCGUCUGUUCUACCUGGCACUGCCUCCCUCUGUGUACCAUGAUGUCACCAAGAACAUCAAGCACCAGUGUAUGAGCACCAAAGGCUGGAACAGGAUCAUCGUAGAGAAGCCGUUUGGGCGUGACCUGCAGAGUUCAGAGGAGCUGUCCACUCACCUGUCGUCCCUUUUCACAGAGGAGCAGAUCUACCGCAUAGACCACUAUCUGGGCAAAGAAAUGGUGCAAAACCUCAUGGUGCUCAGGUUUGGUAAUCGUAUCUUUGGCCCCAUCUGGAACCGGGACAGUAUCGCCUGUGUGGUCUUCACAUUUAAAGAGCCCUUUGGCACACAAGGCCGCGGGGGGUACUUUGAUGAUUUUGGCAUCAUUAGGGAUGUGAUGCAGAACCAUUUACUCCAGAUGCUCUGCCUGGUUGCCAUGGAGAAGCCUGCCUCCACCAGCUCUGAUGAUGUCAGGGACGAGAAGGUGAAAGUGCUGAAGUCCAUAGCCCCAGUGACCAUGUCGGAUGUGGUACUGGGUCAGUACGUGGGCGAUCCAGAGGGAGAAGGAGACACUAAACUGGGUUACCUUGACGACCCCACUGUUCCCAAAGGAUCCACUCAGGCCACUUUUGCUACAGCUGUGCUCUAUGUGCACAAUGAGCGCUGGGAUGGGGUCCCGUUCAUCCUGCGCUGUGGAAAGGCUUUGAAUGAAAGGAAGGCAGAGGUUCGACUGCAGUUCACAGAUGUUCCCGGGGACAUUUUUGACAAUCAGUGCCACAGAAACGAGCUGGUGGUCCGUGUGCAGCCCAAUGAGGCUGUUUACGCCAAAAUGAUGAGCAAGAAACCUGGAGUUUACUUCCACCCAGAGGAAACCGAGCUCGACCUGACCUACAAGAGCAGAUACAAGGAUGUGAAACUUCCAGAUGCUUAUGAACGCCUCAUUCUUGAUGUUUUCUGUGGAAGUCAGAUGCACUUUGUGAGAAGUGAUGAAUUAAGGGAAGCAUGGAGGAUUUUCACACCUCUUCUCCAUCAUAUUGAAAAAGAGAAGCCCAAACCUAUUCCCUACAAAUAUGGAAGCCGAGGACCAGCAGAAGCAGAUGAACUGUCAAAAAGAGUCGGUUUUCGUUAUGAAGGAACUUAUAAAUGGGUGAACCCGCACAAGCUGUAGUGAAAGAGUCAGGAGUAGAGUUAGAAUUGUAGGACAUGAGCAGUGGGUUUGUCUGCUGUACCAUGUCCCUUUUACUGAAGUGUCUUUUUGAGGCGUUUCAUCUGCCCCUUCAUAGAACAGCACUGAAAAAACUAUUUAAAAUACAAGUACCAGUACCUCAUUAUUUUUGAGACACUGAGACAUUUGUGAGUAUAAGAUUGACUUGUUAUUUUUAUACCACUUACACUGAGCAUUAAAACAAAAUUCACCAAUAGACCAAAUGACAAGGAUCAAAACAGAAACAAAUGAAAUAUUUUAGGAACAAACUUGGACCAUUUUAAACCAAAGAUGGUAACCACAUAUAAUAUAGAGGAAUAAUAUAGUGACUGGAAAUCUACAAGGACAUAAGUGACAGAGGAGGAACCUUUCACAAGAGACAAAAAGCGCACAGUUGGAAUAUUUCUUACACAAAUUGAUCUUAACUGUUAAAUUAUUUACAGUUUAACAGUUUCAAUUAUUUAUUACAGGUAAAAGCACACAAAAAAUAUAAUUUACAUAAUAAUAAUUAAUGAAUUACUGAUAUAAUUCUCAAUGUAAUUCCAAACCUUAAUUUUACACAUAUCUGGACAAUCCCAUGUUUUUGUUGUUGCAUUCACUUUCUAGAAUUUGAUGGUGCCACAGUUUGAGACGGAGGGCAGGGGCCUGUAUAACUCUAUGGGAGAUUUACCGUUUUUGAAAGAAAUAUCCAAACAACAAAUGUUGAACCUUAUCAUUAUACAUACUUGCCAUAUUAAUCUUAUGGCACUUUAAAUUCUUUUAACUGUCAUGUCUUUGGUGUUGAUUAAUGGCACCACUCUUAAAACUAUUGAAUUUGGUUUAUUUAUACAGACAGUGAAGACAUUGAACUUUGUGCCAGUUUUUGUUUCAUGUGAGUAGGCCAAAUUAUUGCAACGAUAUCAACCAUAAACCAAGACAAAACAUUUCUAUUUUGACAUUUAAAAGGUAAAUUCUACCAUAGGGUCCUCCGGCUCAAUGUUAAACUAUAGGGAUUUUUUAAUGUUCACUUGUUACGUACUGUGAACACAAACUGAUAGCUUAGUUAUAAUAUUAUACAGUGCAUUAAAGCCAACAGUACUUUUCCCAAAUUUAUCAGACUAUCCCAAAUUGCUUAUAUGUCCUUUAGAUUCACAACUUUUGAUAUUGGGAAAAUCUAUCAACUGCUUUUAAUACCACUAUCCUUCAGCUGCAUUAUUUAGCACAUAUACAUACCUAUAUAUUUUAGCUUUGUUUCUUUGGAUUAGGACCAAGCUGAUUUUGGCUUUAAGCAUGAAUGAGGUGUAAUAAGGUGUGUUUUAAGGGGUGGGGCAGCUAGUUUCUUUAAAGCUUUCAAACCGCCAUAGUCUUAAAUAUAUCGGUAGCUUUCUAUAUAAUAGUCUCAAUAUCCAUUCCAUUGUACUAUGUUUACAAAUGUUCAAAUGUAGAACACUUUUCUUCCAUUUAUACAGGAGCGAGAACAGUUUGUAAUGACAUUCUGAAUGCUGUUGUUAUUAUGGUGUCUUACAUGAGAAACAUUUCCACAACUUGUAAUAAACUAGCAAGGCUCUAC